AUGUUCGGAUGGUGUAGUUCGCUGGCGCUCCCUUUUGAUGACCAAACACAAACACAAUCAUGGCGUUUGUCCAAUCAAAUUGAUAGGCUAACUAUUGUAAUAGGCUUCCCUUCAGUGAGCUCAGAACCUGACAGGGAGCGGCGGGCUCCAUCGGGCCCGACACCUCUAGACUUCCCAGCGUAUAAGCUCCCGGAUGCCACAGAUGAUGAUCCGGAGGCCUCUUUGCGGCAGGUGCAUGAUAUUCUAGCAUCCAUCAGAAGGCCACAAGAUAUCACGCUCGACAAGUUCAAAGCUCUCAAUCUGAAGGUGGAAGCAGGUCUUUCUGCUUCAUGUAUUGUCCGUAAGGAUGGGCCAGAUUUCUUUCCUCCUUUACCUUGGGAGGACACUUCACCCAAUUCGUCCCCGUUGACCGAAGAUGGUUCCCCGAUCUUAAUGGAAAAUGGGAAUCCCUACCCACCAAAAGAGCGAUUUAAUAUGCUGAAGAAUGAGCUACUUCUGGAAAACGACGAUGCGUUUCGAGAGGUGGCACGGUUAACCCCCCGCGAGGGACGUCAAAGGGUCAGGGUGACCCAUGCGCGAAAAUUCUGGACGGGCCUAGAACGAAUGGCCCAAUACUGGGACACGAGCUUGGAUAACUAUUUUGAACGUCCUGCAACUCCCAAACAGGCGGCUGAAGACGAGUCAGGGGACAAAAUGCAGACGGACAAUGUGUCAUGCGAGUCCCAGCAAAAAUCGGAAACACAUAUGGAUAUUGACAAUCCACCAAAACCAGCAGCUCCCGAAAACAAUGUGACUACCCAGGAGGACGGUGAGCCUGAGUCAAUAGCAAUGUACACGGGCCGCCGUAUUGGUGCUGGUCAUGAAAUGCCGGAGGAUAUCCGCGAAGAGACUAUUAGGGCAUUUACCGAGAUGGCAGCCUGGCCUUUUGGGUGCCAAGUUGCCCUUCCCAUGCUGCCUCCGAGACUAUCCCUUCGAACAUUGUUAUUCCCUGUUCGCCAGACGUUUGCGGCUGCCCGAUCGCCUAAAGAUCGACAGCUAGCACGAAGCGGUGUCAUGGAAGGACCCGUCUUUGCCGCCCAGUGCCGAUCUGAAACGUGUUUCCGAGCGCCGGGGGAUGUCCCUGGUACGGGAUUUGGUGAGAUAUGUGAUUUGUUUCGUGAGGUCGGCGGCAUGCUCCUAGCUGCCCAGGAACGAGCACGACAAGGAAUGCAAGAAGUAAGACCUGGCGAGGGAAAAUGGUGGACAACGACGCCGCGAUGGGGUGGUGCACCCAAUGAUGCAGUGGGUGAUAGUGGCAAUUUCACCAAUGGUGAGGAGAAAUCAGUGUCGGACAAUGGGAGCUCUCGCAAGCGCUCCAAGUACGAGCAUCCCUUCUUAGCAUCCCGUCGACCUGGUUCCUCGCGGAAGCUGAGCAACAGCGAAAAGUGGAAAAUCGUUCAGCCAGGCCCUGGACUUUGGGACAAGCGAAUGAGAUAUAUACAAAUUGGAAAGGACCUAGACAGCCCGUUUGACGAUAUAUAUAUGCUCUCCUCUAUCAACCAUCAUAUCUCUAUCCUUCACUUACGCGUCCAUCGCCGAUACAUCGAUAUCAUAACAUCAGGGGAGAGCUGUUUCCCUUCUGACUCCGAUGCUACAGGACAACCGUGGCAUGCGCUACAGCUGCGGCGAACGAAAUGGUACGAUUUAUUCGAUGCUGAGGAGCGGCUUGAAGUGUUCAAGGGGAGCGAGUCAUUAUUCCUACUGCCUGGCUACUGA